UCCCGACCGACACCAGCCUCAGCACCAGCAGGCAGCAGACCCAGACAGCAAGUUAGCAACAGCGACCAUCCUUGGGCUCGGAGUGGCAACAACAUGCACGUGCAGCAGCAGGUGACGGUGCAGACUUCGGUGCUGGCCUUGGCUGGAACAGUUAUCUUCAGCGUGGGUUUUUUCUGUGGCUAUAAGAUAAAAAUGUGGAGGAUGGACUGGCUGAGGUGGCGGCGAGAGAGGCUGCAGAAGAAGAUACAGCAGACGCAGGCACAGAUAGACUUGAUCCAGCGCAGUUAGCCCUUGAAUGGUGCCGUCCCUGCAAACAAACAUCCUUGAUUAACCUGUGCCAUCAUCUGCACUAAACUAGUGAACACCUUUGUAAAUAGAAGCUUGGGAAAGUUCAUGUCCUUAUAUCACUAAGCAAAACUCUAAAUAAAUAUUUUCAUAAUAUUGCUUGAUAUGAUUCUCUAUACAUGGUGAUAAAGCAAGGACAAAGAGGGAGAGAUAGAUAGAGAGAGAGAGAGAGAGAGAGAGAGAGAGAGAGUUGAGGUAAGAAGAAGUGAGAGAAGAUUGUAUUAGGUGGUUGGAGUAUGGCAUUGUCAGGCGUGGGUGAGGCAGUGAUGGCAGGGGUAGUUGUGGUGCAUGGGGGUGCCUGGGAUGUGCCUCAACACAUGUGGGAGGCCAGCGUGGAGGGCGUGAAGGCAGCUGCCCGCCGUGGCCACCAGGUCCUGAGUGGUGGAGGGUCAGCAGUGGAGGCAGUGGAGGCAGCUGUGGUGGUGCUAGAGGACAACCCUGUCUUUGAUGCUGGCACAGGUUCAGUCCUCACCCUAGAUGGCGAGGUAGAGAUGGAUGCCCUGAUCAUGUCUGGUGAGAGACUAAGGGCUGGAGCAGUGGCAGCCAUCAAGAAUGUACAAAACCCUGUCAAAGUGGCUCGCCUGGUGUUAGAAAAGACUCCCCAUGCAAUGCUGGCAGGUGAAGGAGCCAAUCAUUUUGCUGCUGCCCAUGGCCACCCACAGGUGCCACCAGACACACUGGUCACUCCAUAUGCUAAGCAUGAACUGGAAACCUUCAAGAAGUUUACCAAGUCUGUUGACAGUCUGUUCAACGUGCUGCAGUGACAGAAGCAAAGUGGCCAUGAUACUGUAGGGUGUGCAGCACUGGACAGCUUUGGACACACUGCUUGUGCUACCUCCACUGGCGGCAUCUCUGCUAAGAUGCCUGGUAGAGUUGGGGACCCUGUGCCUGGAGCAGGAGGUUAUGCUGACGACCAGAUUGGGGCUGUCUCUACCACAGGCCAUGGAGAGUCCAUCAUGAGGGUGUGUUUUGCACGUCACAUCACUGCCACUAUGGCCACAGGAGUACCAGUGAACAGCAGCAUUCAGAAAAGCUUGGAGCACAUGGCUGAACGUGUGGAGGGCUGUGGAGGUGCAGUGGCUGUGUCUUGCAGUGGUGAGAUAGGGGUGGGCUUCUCCACUCCCCGCAUGCCCUGGGCGUAUGUGAAGGACCGUGUUCUUCAUUAUGGCAUCCAUCCUGGUCAGCACAUGAAGGAAGACCUGUAGUUACCUGAAGGAAAUAUGCACGCCUUUACUGGUUUUAUGUGAGGUGGACAAUUGAGGUGUUUAAUGCACUUGUGACUUUACCUUCAUAGUGUGGCAGCUUUAUAAAUCCAUUACUAUUGUAUACAUACUAAUCUUUGUUUGAUUUUGUAGUUUACAUGGAAAUACUAGUUUAUUUUUAAACAAAUUUUUCUGGUUUACUAAGUUUAUUAAUCAAGAUUGUGAUGUUUUGUGCUGGUCUACUGUAAUAACAGGGUGCUUCAGAUGUUCAAAAAUUGUUCACUCAUCAAA